AACACUAUCCGUGAAGAACUGUUGCCUUAAAGGAAUGGUUCAAGAACAUUCAAACAAUUUUCAAACAAACAAAAGUAUUUAAAUAACAUUUAUUUUAAAACAACACCUGAGUGCGACAAAUGUAACUUUCAUCAACACUCACACAAUAGAGGAAAUACCACUUAGUUAAAGCCCAGUACACUUCCUGAACUACAAAAAUAUAAACGCAACAUGUAAAGUGUUGGUUUCAUGAGCAGAAAAAAAAAUCCCAGAAAUGUUCCAUAUGCACAAAAAGCUUAUUUCUUUCAAAUUUUGUGUACAAAUUUGUUUACAUCCCUGUUAGUGAGCAUUUCUCCUUUGCCAAGAUAAUCCAUCCAACAGACGGGUGUGGCGUAUCAAGAAGCUGAUUAAACAACAUGAUCAUUACACAGGUGUACUCUAAAAGGUACAGUUUUAUCAAACAACAUAAUGCCACAUAUGUCUCAAGUUUUGAGGGAGCGUGCAAUUGCCAUGCUGACUGCAGGAAUGUCCACCAGAGCUUUUGCCAGAGAAUUGAAUGUUCAUUUCUUUACCAUGAGCUGCCUCAAGUCUUUUUACAGAAUUUGGCAGUGUGUCCAACCAGCCUCACAACCACGGACCACAUGUAUGGCGUUGUGUGGACGAGCAGUUUGCUGUUGUGAAUAGAGUGCCCUGUUGUGGCGGUGGGGUUAUGGUAUAAACUACGAACACAAUUGUAUUUUAUCAAUGGCAAUUUGAAUGCACAGAGAUACGAGUUCCCAAGGCCCCUUGCCGUGCCAUUCUUCCGUUGCUAUCACCUGCAUGAUAAUGCACGGCCCCAUGCCGCAAGGAUCUGUACACAAUUCCCGGAAGCUGAACAUUUCCCAGUUCUUCCAGGGCCUGCAUAUUAACCAGACAUGUCACUCAUUGAGCAUGUUACGACAGCGUGUUGCAGUUCCCGCCAAUAUCCAACAACUUUGCACAGCCAUUGAAGAGUGGGACAACAUUCCACAGGUCACAAUCAACAGCCUGCAACGGUAGAGGGAGAGGGGAAGGUCGAGUCAUGCGUCCUCCGAAACAUGACCCGCCAAACCGCGUCUCUUAACACCCUCCAGCUUUACCCAGAAGCACCAAUGUGUCGGAGGAAACACCGUUCAACUGACAACCGGUGUCAGCUUGUAGGCACCCAGCCCGCCAUAAGAAGUCUCUAGAGCGCGAUGAGCCACGUAAAGUCCCCCAGCCAAACCCUCUCAUAACCCGGACGAUACUGGGCCAAUUGUGCGCCGCCCUAUGGGACUCCCGGUCACGGACGGCAAUGACACAGCCUGGGAUCGAACCCCAGGUUGUAAUGACGCAGCAACACUGCGAUUCAGUGCCUUAGACCUCUGCGCUAUUUGGGAGUCCAGGGCUGACUAUUUUUAUUGGUACCAUGUGUCUGAGCUUUUACCAUUUUUUUAAAUUAUGUCUGAGCUUUUCUUAUUCGCCUUCUCAUUAGAAAAUUGCAUUGUUUCACUCCUCCACCCAAUCCCAAGUGAUAUGUCUGUGUUAGGUGCACUUGAACAGCUGUGGUCAACACCCAUAUCCACCCUCUGAGCAUGUCCCCGAGGCAGCAUAGGCUCAGGCAGCUCAGACCACUGUGUUCUAUUCACAAUUUACAGCUCAUUCUUUGCAGUCAAUACUUUUCACAUUCUUCUACAGCAGAAUAAGAGACUCACCAACACUUCAAGUACCUUUUUGUUCUAGAUUACUCUACCAUCAUGUCUAGUGGGGGGCUGAAGGACAGAAAUUCUGAAACGCUGGAGGAUGUCAACGCAGUCACAAAAGAGCUCAAGUAUCUUUACUAUAAGAGGCUGCUUCCCAUAGAGAAGCAAUAUGGCUUCCAACACUUUCACUCUCCCAGCUUUGAGGAAGCCGAUUUUGACAACAAACCGAUGGUGCUGGUGAUGGGUCAAUACUCGACAGGGAAGACUACUUUUAUCAGAUAUCUCCUUGAGCAAGACUUUCCAGGUAGCCGUGUUGGUCCAGAGCCCACGACAGACAGCUUCACUGCCAUCAUGCAUGGGGAGGUAGAACAACUGAUCCCAGGCAAUGCUCUGUCAGUAGACCACAAAAAGCCCUUUCGCCACCUCAACUCUUUUGGAAAUACCUUCCUGAACAGAUUCCAGUGUGUCCUGCUGCCAAAUCAAGUCCUGGAGAGUAUCAGCAUUAUUGACACACCAGGCAUCUUAUCUUCGGCUAAGAGGAGAACGAGUCGAGGAUAUGAUUUCCCAGCAGUGCUGCGCUGGUUUGCAGAACGUGUGGACCACAUCAUCCUUCUGUUUGAUGCACAUAAACUGGAGUUCUCUGAUGAGCUCACACGUGCCUUUGGGGCUCUGUGUGGCUAUGAAGACAAGCUGCGUGUGGUACUGAAUAAAGCAGACAGGGUCGACUCUCAACAGUUGAUGCGAGUGUAUGGUGCUCUCAUGUGGUCACUGGGGAAGGUGUUUCAAACACCUGAAAUACUCCGGGUUUACAUCGUCUCCCUCUGGUCACAGCCACGUCUGUUGUCUGACCACUGUCAACUGCUGGAGCUUGAGGAACAGGAUCUUUUGGCGGAUAUCCGGAACCUGCCUCGAAAUGCUGCCGUACGGAAACUUAAUGACCUAGUUAAGAGGGCACGCCUAGUUAGGGCCCAUGCACAUAUCAUUAACCAUCUCAAGCAGGAGAUGCCCACAGUUUUCUGCAAGGAGAGCAAGAAGCAGAACCUGAUCUAUAAGCUUCCUCUCAUCUUCUCCAAGAUUCAACAGCAACAGCGAGUACCAGCUGGUGACUUCCCUGACUGUGCCAAGAUGCAGGAACGGCUAAUGGGUCAAGAUUUCACAAAGUUCAAGACACUCAAGCCCAGCCUAAUGGCUUCCUUGGACAAGUUACUGUCCAAUGACAUUGCAAAGCUGAUGCCUUUACUACAUCAACAGGAUCUGAAGAAGGCUUCCCUGCCAGGGAUUCCGGAUGGAACAUUCUUAGAACCUUCUUGGUCUCUCUUUGAGCAAAUUACAAAGAGUGGAGUAAGCAGGGAAAUGCAGAAUGAUGAGUGGGUGGUGACAAAAGAUAAACACAAAUAUGAUGAGAUAUUCUACAAUCUCUGUCCAAAUGAGGGCAAACUGAGCGGUACUAAGGCCAAGGAGUGGAUGGUCAGCACCCACCUGCCAAACUCAGUACUUGGCCAUAUCUGGAGGCUUUCUGAUGUGGACUGUGAUGGCAUGCUGGAUGAUGAGGAGUUUGCCCUAGCCAUCCACCUCAUUGAGGCCAAGCUGGAGGGCAAUAGGCUCCCAGGAGAGCUGCCUGCCCACCUGGUGCCACCUUCGAAACGUUUGCAUAAAGGAUUAGCUGUUUAGCUUAGUCUGGCAGGUUGAACCUAUGAUGGGCUGGGCAAAGCAAAACUAGAGAACAUCAUAAUGCAGUCAAAAACACCAACACUUUUGAAUGAAGAGAAAUAAUUCAACAAAACAAUUGUUCAGAGAAAAAAUGACUGUCCAGGAUAGAUUUCCAACAACUUGGUCAUGUCAGGCCACCCACUGAUUUUUUUUCCCUGGGAAACUACAAUCCUGGCAAGAUUUUUCUUCCAAAUUAUGUAAUACCUACAAACACUGCAUUUAUAUUGUGGAUCCUGACACUGGUUCACUCCAAUAGAUCGCUGGAUUGUGAAUUGGACUCAUUCUGUCAUUUCUUGAUUUAAUUAUAUGUAUAUUUGUAUUGUAUUUUAAGAAAUACAAAUCACUACCAGUGAAUUGACACUGACAACAAUUUCACAGAAAUGCAAGUAUCUCAAAUAAAAUAAUCAGAAAAGGGUCAGGGGUUACAAUUGUAUCAAACUAUGAUAAAGUUGUAAGAAUACAUUGUUUUGUCAUUGACUAAUUCUAGAGAUUGUAUGGGGACAGAUUUCAAAUAUUUGUUUUUGUGUAUGUAAAAUUGACAAGAGAAUUAAGAAAUGAACAACUAAUUCAGUAGUUUGUUUUCAUUUGAAUAAUAUAUUACAUCUUUCAUUGUAAAUACAUGGAUAUUAUUAAUGAGAUAACACAUGUAAUUACUUAACUCGUGCCAAAAUAACUUCACAGAGUCGCACUCAUAAAACGUGUAGUUUCCCCUUUUUUUUUUAAUCACAAAACAUGCUAUUAAAAGUUAUUACAAUGGUAUAGUUUGUGCAAUAUUUUAAAGUUAAUUUGUUUUACUUCAUUUGAAAUACAACAUUUGUGAGGGAGCAACCAAGCUUUUUUCCAUUCAAUUUCAGUAAUGUCUACAUUCCAGAAGAAUUUCCCCCAGAGAGAGAGAGCUUGUUCUUGGAAUGUAAACGUUCCCUUAAUACAUUUCUUAUCCAGCUGGGGGCAACCAUACAACAAAUUGUGCCUCUAUCUUGACAUGUUCUACAAAACACAUUAGAUUUAAUGAAUUGAGUAAAUCCUGAAGGUAUUGCUUUUCAUUUAGAAUUAAAUUAUUUAAUGUAAUGAAGUUGUUUCUAAGAACAUUCUAUAAGAGAGUAUAUUCCCUUUAUCAAAUAAAUCAAGCAAAAAUAUAAUGGUUAUUUCAAAUCACUUAGGGAAGAAUAACUAUUUGUUUUUAACAAUAUCUUUGUUGAAGUGUUUUGUUGCGGGAGAAGAUGUGGCAGUUUCCAGGCUAAAAGGGCUUCGUUCUCUAAAGUCUAGUGGUCACGUGAACGCAACGAUGACGUAGUUGGAAGGUCGAAUUUCCCAACCAAACCAUUUGAUGCAAGCUUUUAGGGGUAGACAAAAUGUACUGUUUUAUAUUUUUACUUAUGUGAAUAAAU